CCCGUGAAAAGGUUCCAAAAACGACAAGUACACAUUUCAUGUAUGGCGAGUAUGUUGCAUCUUUUACUCUCGGCACUCAGCAAAUUAAAAGUUACUUGCUAAUAGACACCGGAAGUGAUUUAGUUUGGUGGCAAUGUGGACCAUGUUGGUCAAAUAAGUGUUACAAACAAAAAUUUAGUCCUUUAUAUGUUCCAACUAAUUCCAAAACAUAUCGAAAACUCGAUUGCAUCGUAAAAAGUAGAAGUUGUUUAGUCGCGGACCCGAGUUAUGUAUGUACUCUGUUCGGUAAUCAGUGUCUCUAUGAUGUGAAAUACGGGGAUGGAGCAAGAACAAAAGGUUGGAUAGCAGACGACGUGAUUACUUUUGUUUUAGACCAAAAUCCGGUAAGGAUUAUUUUUGGAUGUGGCAAAGAUCAAUUGAGUGGAACACAUUUUAGUGGUGAAUAUUCUGGAAUUGCUGGCAUCGGACGUAGACAAAUGAGUGAUGGAUAUUCUUUACCAACACAAUUUGAGGCGGACAUCAUGUCCAUGUGUCUACCCCGAUUUUUUUCCGAAAAAGGAUCAACAAUUAGCUUCCACACAACGCCCUUCAGAAAAACAACAUCAGCACAGCUAUUACCAAGUUCCAAAUUACCUACAUUUUAUUUCGUCAACCUUUAUAAAGUUUUUAUUAACGACAAGGAAAUUCCACUAAACCCAUCAUUGUGGAAUUUUAGAAGUGAUAUGAUCGCCGGGGUCAUUGUGGAUACAGGAUCAACUUUUACCCUUUUUCCUCAAGAUUUUUAUACGGAAUUCCGUUACAUUUUCAGACAAGAAGUACGAGAUAUUCCUAUGGUUGCUCCAUCUGGACCUUUCGACACUUGUUAUAAAGCCGGUCCGAGUGCAAAAUUUCCUGUUGUGAAGUUGUACUUUGGCAGGCAAGACGCGAGUAACUUAUUGUUACUGGCACAAGAUCGGGUCUUGGUGCACAUUAGUGGGAAAUUAUGCCUGGCUUUUCACGGAUGGAACUCAUCCGUCAUAAUUUUAGGAAGUAAUCAACUCCAAGGUGUUGGAUUAACUUUUGAUACUUCAGCAAAUACUUUGUCCUUUGACUUAGAUGCAUGUGAUUGAGUGUCAAUGAAAAACAAUUAUAUGUUGCAAUCUAAGGCUGUACCUCAAUUUUGAUAGUUAGUUUUGAUUGAUUUGAUGAAGGGAUGAUUACAAAUAAUUCAGUGCAAAUUCAUCUCAAAUUCUUCACUCCAAAAGUUAGUUUAAAUUUUAAUGCCCUGAUGGCCUAAAGAUAUGCAAAUCACUUGCAGCCGCUCUGAAAUGUUUUGUUUGACUUGAACCUCGUGACGAUUCAAUCUCUCUAUAAUAGUCAUCGUUUAUAAACAUUUCACUAUAGCGGACAAGUUUAUUUGUUGCCGGUUUUCAAUUUUGUUUGGGGAGAAAGGUCAUAUUUUGUAAUGACUAUUUAUAUACAACAAUGUUGGUUCCUCAUCGAGCACAAUGCACAAUAUACAGUAUACACCAAUGCUGCUAUUAAUUAAUGAGAUGUAAAUAUAAUAUUCACCCAAAAUUAAAUAAAUAUUAAAUUUUAAAUUCGUUAUUUUAAAACUGUAAUUGGCUCAGUGGUACAAAGAACCUAAAAAUUAGAAAACAUCAAAUUUAACUCCUAAACCCCCUCUGCUAUCGCACAAUUCCUACAAAUAAUUAAAUAUAUAGCAUAACUAUUUAAAACUGAUGAUAAAAUAUCUAACAUGUAAAUUAUAAUAGAUAUUAUCAUACUAAAGAGAAGACCAUUUUAUUCACAAUUGUUCUUGGUGUAAUCAUAUUUUGAGAAUGAUGAAUAAAAGCGUCAUUACUUACACUAAAGUUCUGUUCAAAAUAACCACCCAGUGCAGGAUCCGAGUUGGAUUGAACAUAAAUUGUAUGUUUUGAUUUAUGUACACAAAUUAAUAAGAAAACAAUUUACAAAGAGUGGAUCUAAAAUUAUAUUCAAUUGACCUCUAGGCUCUAAAGUCCCAAGAAUCAUACGACACAACAAAAAGGGAAGAGUGAAUUACCUAGAGUAACUAAACAAAUUACUGAAAUAAGGAAAGAUAUUGCUACAAUAUUAUCACAAAAGAAAGAACUCUAAUUAGAGAAGAAAAAGGAUCGGAAUCUUAUUUUAAUGCAUUUACAAAUUUUCUUUGUAAAUAUAUAGAUUCCGCGUUGAAAGUAAUGGGUGCUCGAGCACCCGUUGUGGACUAUGUGGGUCUGGCCCUGGCCCGAGCCCUGCCCCAAUAGGGCUUGGGUUGGAUGGAGCACUUCCAUCAGAGUUAAGUUUGACCAUACCAGUGGCAGACUUUGAAGAUAAAAUCUAAUUAUAACAUUAUUUGGAAUUCAAAUUGAUUAAUUUUCAAAUUAAAAA